CACGCGCUGUGCCGCGAGCGAGGGUAGCCGUUGGAGGCUGGAAUUUAAAUCUCAGUUCGUGAGUGUGAGGUAUUCUUCCGAGUAAAUAAACAGCAACGAAAGUCUUCGAAUCUGUCAGAGCGGCGCCCGAAGACGGGCAGCUUCUGAGGAGUUUUUGUUUUACUGUCGUUCGGAAGUUUUGCCAAGCGAGGCCUCCGGAGGCAGCGGGAUUGCCAGAUGGCGACGGCCGGGGAGAGUAGCAGUAUCACCAGCCGCAUUAGGAACCUGUUGCGCUCGCCACCGGCCCUCAACCUCAGGAGGUCCCGACCGGCGGCCAGGGAUGUCUCGGAGCGGAUUAAACUGGACAAAGUUCUUGGGAUUACAGCAUCCAGCAGCAGUAGUUUAGCCUGUGAUUUAACCACAGGACUAGUGGCAUAUCCAGCAGGGUGUGUGGUGGUCCUCUGCAACCCAAAGAAGAAUAAGCAGACUCACAUUCUCAAUGCUUCCAGAAAAGCAAUCUGUUCUUUGGCAUUCUCACCAGAUGGAAAAUACUUAGUUACUGGGGAGAGUGGACAUAUGCCUGCGGUGCGAGUCUGGGAUGUGGCUGAAACAACCCAGGUGGCAGAAUUACAGUGCCACAAAUAUGGAGUAUCGUGUGUAUCCUUCUCUCCCAACAUGAAGUAUAUUGUUUCAGUGGGUUACCAGCAUGAUAAACUUGUGAAUGUCUGGGAUUGGAAGAAAAACUCCAUUGUAGCAUCUAAUAAAGUUUCCAGUAAGGUAUCAGCUGUUUCGUUCUCUGAAGACAGCAGUUAUUUUGUCACAGCUGGCAAUCGACAUGUUAAGUUCUGGUACUUAAACGACUCCAAAACCUGCAAGGCAAAUAUUACUGUUCCUUUAAUAGGGCGAUCUGGAUUGCUGGGUGAGCUCCACAAUAAUUUUUUCUCUGGAGUGGCAUGUGGUAAAGGGAAGAUGGCAAGAUAUACCUUUUGCAUCACCAGUUCUGGUCUUCUUUGCCAGUUCAAUGGGAAAAGAGUGCUUGAUAAAUGGUUGGAUUUGAAGACCUCUGCAGCAAAUUGUAUCUUUGCAACCCAGGACUUCAUCUUUUGUGGUUGUUCCAAUGGAACACUGAAGUUAUUUAACUCUGUAAAUCUCCGUUUUAUUACCAAUCUGCCCAAACCACACUAUCUGGGAUUGGAUGUGGCAGCAGGAAUUGAACUAAGCCGUUUAUUCACUAAGAAGGCAGAUGUCGUGUAUCCUGACAUUGUCGGUGUGGCUUUUGACCCUUCCAAUCUAUGGUUGUCAUGUGUAUACAGUGAUCAUAGUCUCUAUGUGUGGGACAUGAAAGACAUUAAGAAAAUUGGGAAGGUUUACUCUGCAUUGUAUCAUAGUUCCAGCAUAUGGAGUGUGGAGAUUUAUCCAGAGUUGGAAAAUGGUAAUCUAGCUUGUCUGCCACCUGAAUCUUUUCUAACUUGUUCAUCAGACAAUACUAUACGAUUGUGGGAUUCUGGUGAUGCUCCUGAAUUUCAAUUCACAUCAUUCCGUAGAAAUAUUUAUAGCACAGACUUGAUCAAAAUUGUGUAUGUUGGUGACAAUAUUCAGUACCUUCAAGAUGCUAGUAACAAUCCUGACCGAACUGAAAAUGGAGGAAAUUCUGAGAUAAAAUCAGGAAUUCGUGUCAUAACCAUCAGCCCUGAUGGGCAACAUCUGGCGUCUGGGGAUAGGAUGGGGACCCUGAGAAUUUUUGAUCUGCAGUUCUUGGAUGAACUAAUGAAAGUUGAAGCUCAUGAUUCUGAGAUCCUCUGUCUUGAGUACUCAAAACCUGAAACUGGAUUGAAGUUGUUAGCAACAGCAAGCAGAGACCGUCUAAUCCAUAUAUUAAAUGUGGACAAACAGUAUAGCCUGACACAGACACUAGAUGACCAUUCCUCUUCAAUUACUGCUGUGAAGUUUGCAGCCAGUAAUGAUAUUGUUAAAAUGGUUAGUUGUGGAGCUGAUAAAAGUAUCUACUUUCGAACUGCACACAAGUCUGUCGAUGGAGUUCUGUUUACAAGAACUCAUCAUGUUGUUGGAAAGACAACCCUGUAUGACAUGGAUGUUGAUAUCUCUCAGAAAUAUACAACUAUAGGCUGCCAGGACAGAAAUAUUAGAAUAUAUAACAUCAACAAUGGAAAGCAAAAAAGAUGCUUCAAAGGUUCACAGAGUGAAGAUGGGAUCCUUCUCAAAGUUCAAAUGGAUCCUUCUGGAACAUUCGUAGCAACUAGUUGUUCUGACAAGAAUAUUUCUAUCUUUGACUUCUACACUGGAGAAUGUGUAGCCAGCAUGUUUGGACAUUCAGAAAUUGUAACUGGCAUGAAAUUUACUCAUGAUUGCAAAUAUCUGAUAACAGUAUCAGGAGACAGUUGCAUCUUCAUAUGGCACUUGGACCCUGAGUUGACUGCAUGCAUGAGGCAUCGUCUAUUUCAAAUUAAACAAAUUGCUAAAAAGGACAAGACAGUUGGGACCAAGGUUCCUGCACCAAUAAGAAGGGAGACCUUCAUGGUACAAAAGUUAACUUCAGCUGAUCAAGAGGAUGAUAUGAGUGAGGAAGAUGGAGAUGACGGGUCAUUCCAAACUCCUGUGAAAGACCACGUGGAUAGAGGUAAGGCUGAAGGUGAUGUAUUCCUGUUGACUAAUGGGAAACUUCCAUUGUGGGCAAAGAGAUUGGAGGCUGGUGAUAGCAGUGUGCUUGAUCGAGCAGAACGUAACUCUAAGACGUCUCAUCCACGAGGAAGAUGGGCUGAAAGAAUGGACAAAGAUCUUAUUCACUCCAUUCUAGGAAGGAGGCAGCUGGAGGAGUACUGUACAACCCCAACUCCGGGUAGAAUGUCAGUUGCCCAAGGGAAGUCCAACAACUGCUUAGAACAAGACAAUUUUGAACCACGCAAUUUGGAUAACUUUCUUAAGAUGAUGGAAAUUUCCCCUGGUCUUUUGUCAAGAAAUUCUGUCGGAAGGCCAAGUUCUAUUUGCCCAGAAGAUGCAGAUAAUACUUUGUCCCAGAGGAUGGAUGUGUUGGAAACUGAAACAAGCACGCUGACAUUUUAUCCUUUGAAUGAUGAUCAUUCUACCAGUACAGUAAAUGAUUUGCAAGCAGAAGAACCACCAAAGAAACUACAAGACAGUGAUUCUGAUUGGCCAGUUGUGCAUUCAGUGGAGAACAGUCCUGACAGUGCCUACUCUUUGGAUUCAGGAAGCAGUCACACUACCAGUCAUGAACAACGACAGGAUGAUUCUGACUCUGUUGGCCAGCUCAGUUCCGAUGGUCAUUCUUCAGGAUUAGAAGAGGAGGAAGAACAGUGCAGCACAGUACCUCAGGAGUUACAUGCAGCAAAAACACCAGACCAAGAAAAAUUCCUCAAACACAACUUUGAAGCUCUAGCUAAUGAGUUUUCUAAUGAGAAAUUUGACAAUUCACUGAAAGAUCUCCAGCAAAAUGCAGAAAAUGAGAACAACUUCUUCCUGAAUCCACGCUUGAGUAUUUCUGCUCGAUUUCUGUCCCGCUGCCAGAAAAGUAGUAGGAUCACAGCAGCUUUCCCCUACAACUUCCAACAGCAGAGCAAAUAUUUGCAAGAUGCAUCUCUCAAGUCUACACAGUUAAAUCCUGAAGAGGAAACUUCGCAAGCUAAUGGGUCACAGUUUCGGUCAUCCUUCAGUGGGAUAGAAAUUCAUGAAGUUGUAAAGGGAAAUGGAGUUGAGAAAGUGACAAGUGGAAAUGAACAGGAAGCACGGUUGGUGUUUACAAGUGCUGGCAUUCCUCCUGUAUUGCCUGGGGUGAAAGAACAAAGAAAGAAUGAAGGCAGUCAAAUGGGCAGAAGAUCAGCCUCUGUCAAGGACCUGGUACAAAUGGAAGGUGAUAAUUCGUUGUCAUCUUCAUUCAUGUCAGCUUCUCAAUCGAGCAAUAAUGAUAUGCAAGUGAAUGAGGAGACAGCAGUGAGACCGUCACUUACUGGCAAAAUGACAUUUGCUGAUUCAGUUACAUCGAAAAACAAAUCGGGCAGAGCCAGGUCAUACAUGGAUCCAACCGCCAGCUUCAGAGCCAAGAUAUCUCGUAGUGCAUCAUUGGGGGAGAACCUGAAUCUGAAAACCUUAGGACAAUCGGUGAGUUUACCCAAUUCCAAAGCAUCAUCUACUGCAGACUUAACAGAGGCAGUGACGGGAUCCAUUCCAAGUGAAGUCUGUUCAGCUGAAGAUUCUAAAGAAAAGAUGUUGCCAAAUCAAUCUUCACAAAUUUAUGGGAACCAUCAAGCCCGAGCCAAUUUAACCCUGAAUCUUUCUAAAAUUCAUUCAGAUAGACUGUUGAUGCCUCCUCCAUUAGUUAAUAGUGUUGCAAUUUCAAAGGUUAAACAAAAGCUACGAGCUGGUCAAGAUUCCACACGGCUAUCAUCCUCUGCAGUUACAUGCAUGCAACCAACGUGUUUAGUGAAAAAGGAUAUAGCUAUCUGUGACCACGAGGAAAAUGGACACAAACCAAAUGUGAAUUCAGUGGAAGUCGUAAAAAGGGAGAGAGAACAUUCAGAAAAGUGUAACACUUCAGAAGAUGUAGUAGAGCACACUUUAGAUGAAUAUCCAUCUUUGGACUCGUUCACCACUAUACCACAGCAAAACUAUGUCAGUUCCAAUGAGGAUAGAAUGAGUAGUAAUUUCAUGACUGUCUCAGAAGGAAACAGUUUCAUGAUCCCCAAGUCACCUGAGGAAAGCCAGGAAGUUGAAGAGCAGCCUACAAGUAAAGCAGAUUUUGCAGUUAGUAUUCAGAGUUGUGAAUACGUUGUAACAGAACUUCAGAACACUUUGGAGAAGGCUUUGCACCUGUAUAGCAAGGUGACAUCCAGUGAAGCUGCACCAGAAGUGAAGUCCCAGAUGAUAACUAUCUUGUGUAAUGCAUUUUCCUCUGCGAGGAAUCAUUUGAACUCUGUGGCAUGUUUGCCAGCUUCAGAUGCUGUAAUGGGCGUGUCACUUUCCCCUUCAGAAUGUCUGGAAAAUGGCAAGACGGGAGCGCUGCUUGAGCAUUAUUCAGAACUGUUGAUAAAAAUGAUAGAACAGAAACUACAUUUACCGAAAUAAGACUCCCCUGAAACCACAGAAGGAAGUUAAGUGCCUGGGUUCUUGGUGUCUUUACAGGACUUUAAUAAAAGGACCAUAAUUCCUCAACAACUCACUUUGUAGUUGUACUUUUAAGUGGAAAAGUAUUUCCAGAUUUUCUUGUGCUAUUAAGAAUCAACUGCUAAUUCUAAUCCUUCAGUGACACAAGUUUGUGUAUAAAAUUGACAAGCAGAAAAUGUUUUUUAAGCAAUUUAUGAUUCUGCCUCCUUCCCCACAAUCCUUGCCAUUUUACACUCAAAAGAUUAAAACUUGCACUUGCCUUUGGAAAACAGUGCUUCCAAAAAUGACUUAGUAGCUUUAUUUUUAAAAGUUCUAAAUGAGAAAGCUAUUUAUUAUUUUCAGGUGUUUUUAUUUUGGAAAAUUUGCAUCUUUCAUAGAAAUCUAUAACACAGUAUUCAUUUGGGAAGCAAUCACAAAUCUGCUGAAUAGUAUCAGAAAGAUGGGACUUGCUUUAUCAUUGGUCAGAGCUGGGGGCAGGGAGCGUGGGAGGGAAUCUCAAACUACAAGAAAUGUCUAUAAUUCACAGCAUUUUUAUAAAUAGCGUGAAUUAUAGGAGUAACUUAAAUUGAAUAAAAGAGUGAAUAUAGAUGACCAGAUAAUUAGAUCCCCGCCUUCACAUUCCUAUUCUGUUCCUAUAUCAUCUGUUUGCAGUAGCAGCAUUUUGAUACAUUAACAUUAAUCUGCAUGGAGGCCAUCUGAUUAUUCAAGGCUUUGUGCAUUUAAAAGUUCUCGUGAAGAGGGAUUUUUAAAAGGUUUUCUUUGAUUUCCUAGCCCAAGGAAUUGUAGCUGUUUCUUCCAUUGUUGUUUCUUUACAAAAAAUAAAUAUUUUCAUGCAGGUAUUUUUAAAGCAGGUUUGAAAUUUUAAAGAGACUAAAUAUGUGAAAACCAUUAAAAAUUGUGGAAUAAUUCCCCAGGCCAAAACCCCUUCUGGGGCAAAAAGUACUGUUUGUCUUAAUCAGGAUAUCUGAUGGGCUUUUGUCUUAAAACUGUAUUAGUUUUUUUAAAAACAUGUAUGAUCCAUAUGGAUACUUAUUUUUGUGUGCUGUACAUACUUGUAUGAAGUUAGAAUUUUAUAAUGCAAUAAUGUAUUACAAUAAGCAUGCCUUGUUUUAAAGUUGCAUUAUUUUUAGUGUUUUUUGUAUGUAUGUCUUUGUGUGGAUUUUGUUCUUGAAUCUCUUACCUUAAAUAAACAUUGUGAGCAUU